AUGAAUACAAAUAUUCCAUUUUCUGUUCCUCAAAAUAAUAAUUUAAAUGAACAAAAUGAAAUUAAACAAAAUAAUAUUCCAGUUGAUUCUCAUAUCAUACCAAAUAUAAAUAAUGAAAUUUUACCUAAUGUUACUACAAAUGGAAAUUUUAUUAUUUCAUAUCAUCAUAAAUUACCACAUGAAGAACGACAAAUGUUAGAUGGAACUAUAAAAAAUGUUGGAGUUGUUAUUAAACAAUCAGCAUUUCUUGUUGUUAUUACAUCAAGAACAUUAUCAUUAGAAAAUUGUAGUGUAGAUUGUACUUUAUUAUAUGAUAAUUCUGAUAUGUCAGCAGUACAUUUUAUUAAUCAAAAACCAAUUACUUUUAAUAGUCAAGUUAGUGAUCAUAAUUCAAUAAAUGUUGAAUUACGUAUACUUGUUUUAUCAUCACAACAUGAAGAUAUGUUAUUUAGAGUAAAAUUUGAUUUAUAUAAUUCACAAAGAGAAAAAAUAGAAACACUUUAUAGUGAACCAUUAAGAGUUAUUUCAAAAGCAGAUGGUGGAAAGAAAAAAAUAAGAAUAAAUAAAAAUACUACAUUAUUUCAAACAACAUCUUCAAAAUUUAAUUCACAAACAAAACCACCUCGUCUUCCAUGUUCAUUAAAAAAAGAUUCUUCACCAUUACCUAAAAAUAUACAAAAAGAAUUAACUGAAAGUGAAAAAGAAAAUAUUAUUCAAACAUUACAAUAUCAACAAACAAUUCUUAAAGAAUUAUCUCAACAAUCAUCAAUUAAUCCAUUAACAUAUCCAUUAGUUGAAACAUUAAAUAGUUAUUUAUCACUUCCUCAAACUCAAAGAAUACCACAAUUACUUAGAUUUGUAUCUGAUUUAUCACCUCAAGAAUCUAUGGUAAUAAAUGAAUUAUUACAAACAUAUAGAGAUUAUAAAAAAAGUCAAUAA